GGUCCUUAUAAUUGAAGACCAUGCCCUAAGAAAUUUUUCUAGCUUUUACCUAUUGAUAGUUGAAGCAAGUUACGUACAAUUUGUGCAAUAUAUGAGACGUCAGAUAUUAAGAAGAAGAGGAGGGAGGCAAGACAAUCAAACAGGUAGGAUAAAGGUGGUAUUUCCAACCAUUCUUGAUUCAACAUAAUGACAGUGACAGUACUUGGAGGAGGCAUCAGUGGAUUGGCAGCUGCUCAUUACCUGCGGACCGUCAACCCCUCCUCUAGGAUUGUAGUUCUAGAAGCUUCGCAUAGGUUGGGAGGAUGGAUUGAUUCCACCAAGCACAGUGAUGGUGUUGUGUAUGAAGGCGGACCAAGAACACUUAGAGUGGUUGGUAAUGCAGGAGCCAACACUUUAGCAUUAGCAGAGAGUCUGGGCCUAAGAGAUAAAGUUCGCAGUGUCCAUUAUGGGGAGCCAUCUGCAAAGAACAGGAUGAUUAAAGUCAAUGGCUCCUUACACAAAUUACCAAAUAGCCUAAAGACAGCCCUAACGAAGCUUCCCCCCUUCUCAAAGCCAUUAGCUCUUAGUGCAAUUAGUGAUCUGCGAGCAAAAAAAGUCCUUGCUGAUGAUGAAAGUCUCUUCAGCUUUGUCAACAGGCGUUUUGGCUCAGAUGUUGCAAGAUAUGCAAUUGAUCCUUUGGCAAGGGGUGUCUUUGCUGGUAAUGCUCGAGACCUUAGUGUCAAGGCACUUGCCAAAAGAAUGCAUGAAGUUGAACAGAAACAUGGCUCUGUGCUAAAGGGCUUCAUCAAAGACAGGAAGAAUGCUGAGAAACCAGACCCUGGGCUGGCAAAGAGUGACCUGGUCCAGCAAGCGAGGAAAGAAAAAUGGGCCGUUUGGUCUCUUCAGGAUGGUUUAGAGACAUUAGUAAAGACCCUUGCGGAGCAUCUUGAACAGGGUGGUGUUGAGAUUAGGAGAAGCAGUCCAGUUUUAGGAAUUCAGGGAAGUCAGGGGCAUCUUGUUGUGCAGACAAAUGGUGAAGAAAUACAAACUGAGAGGGUUAUAUCUUGUCUUCCUGCCAAUCAUUUAAGCCAAGUGGUGAGUGAUCUUGAUAUGGACUUGAGCAUGGUACUAAGUAGAAUACCAUUUGUUACAGUAGCUGUUGUAACACUUGAGUAUACAGGAGACAAACUGAAUGAGCAAGCAUUUGGGUAUCUUGUGCCUUCCUCAGAACCCAGUAAGGUUCUCGGUGUAAUUUUUGACACAUGCACAUUCUCACAAGGUGACAGAACCAUAUUAACUAUAAUGAUGGGAGGAUAUUGGUUCAAACAGUAUUUUGGAGAGAACCCAACACCAGAGAGCUUUUUAGACAUUGCCCUCAAAGAAGUGGAAUCAGUGCUUAAGAUAAAAGAAGCACCAGUGCGACAUAGCGUCAACAUUCUAAAAGACUGUAUACCACAAUACAUUGUAGGACAUUCUGAGAUGGUUAUCAAUGCAAGGAAACUGAUUAGAGACUCAAAAAUCCCACUGGUAUUGGCAGGGAACUCAUAUGAUGGUGUAGGAGUAAAUGAUGCCAUAAUGAGUGCAAAAAAGGCUGUAUUACAGUAGAGACAAAUAUAUAUCAAAAACAUACUUUGUUGGGUUUUGUUUUCUUUUUCUGAUUUCAUGAAAUUUUGGCAACAAAGUAAAAUAUGUUUCAUUUCAUUUUCCCAAAAUAAAAACAAUUUAAUAAAUCUUGAAUUAACAUUGAAAGAUGCCAUCACAAAAUAUUCUGCCAAAAUGAUUUAUUAUUAAGCCGAGAAAUUCUGCCUAAAAUUGACUCCUUAGCCAUGGAAUAUCAUAACUUUCUCUAGUGUCAGGACUGUUUAAUCUAAUUACUGGAUUAAACAACUUGCAUCACUUUUGAGGAGAACAUAAAUUUGACUAUGAAUGCCUCUGAAUUUCACUUUUCUAAAAAUAAAGAUAAUUUCACAUCCUACUCUCAUUAGAUACAUGGACAAUAAACAAACCUGUAUAAUCUGUAGAUCUUACUAUUUCUACUUAUGUUUGAGAAAUAUCUCAAUCAUGAAUUAUAAUUUCUUGGGCUUUUGUUUAUGUAUAAUGGGAACUGCAAUGUUAUUUACAUUUUUUCUGCCUAUUAUGAAACUAUCUUUCAGAUAUUUCCAUUAGGUCACCUUGUGAUGUUCUAUUUACUUAACUGGCUGGGUAUAUACUCAUGCUUAUAUAUUUAUAUAUUUCUUGUAUAUUUGAAAGCAAUAAAAUUAUUUAAUUAUAAA